AUAAACGGUCUGGUCUAAGAAAUGGAAAAAACACACAUACUGAAAGAGUGGAAUUUGUUUCGGUCUUCGUUUUUACACAAGGCUGUCCAAAUAUUACAGGCUUCGUUAGUUUAGGCAAUCUCUCUCUCUCCCUCUCUAUCCAGAUCUCGCUCCUCUCUCCUCAAUUAACUAUACACAUAUAUAAUUAGAAUUCUCACUCUCUCACUCUACAUUCACUGAUCUCAAUUUCACCGCCACCAUGCCCCUCUCCAGUUACAUCGGCGGUUCCAGCAACCCCCGCCGCGGCUGGGCCCACUCGCUCCUCCCCUCCACCAAAUCGUCCAAGCACCGGAAAACCCGCCGCCGCGCCGCCGUGAAGGACUUCCUCACGGCCAACUUCUUCGCCGUCGGCCUCUCCGUCUCUCUCCUCCUCUUCAUCUCCAUCAUCUACAAAUACGGCGUUCCCAGGCCCCUUUCAUCCCCCUUCGUCUCCGACGCUUCAGGGAGGGGUGGGAUUGUUAGGCUGAAGAGCAAGGUGGCGUAUCGGAAGCCGGUGGAUCACGGCGGCGGAGUGGCCUCAGUGGAUAUAACUACCAAGGAGUUGUAUGAUAAGAUUGAGUUCAGUGAUGUGGAUGGGGGGCCGUGGAAGCAAGGCUGGAGGGUCACUUAUGAGGGUAAUGAAUGGGAUUCUGAGAAAUUGAAGGUUUUCGUGGUUCCGCAUUCGCAUAAUGAUCCUGGUUGGAAAGCCACUGUGGAGGAGUAUUAUGAUAGGCAGUCUAGACAUAUUCUUGAUACUAUUGUUGAUACUCUCACCAAGGAUAAAAGGCGGAAGUUUAUAUGGGAAGAAAUGUCGUAUUUAGAAAGAUGGUGGAAGGAUGCUCCAAAUGACAAAAAAGAAGAUUUUACUAAUUUAGUGCAAAGUGGGCAGUUAGAAAUUGUUGGAGGUGGCUGGGUGAUGAACGAUGAGGCAAAUUCACAUUACUUUGCUAUCAUUGAACAGAUAAUGGAGGGAAAUAUGUGGUUACAUGAUACCAUUGGGGUUAUUCCUAAAAAUUCUUGGGCAAUAGAUCCAUUUGGCUAUUCAUCAACCAUGGCAUAUCUUCUUCGUCGCAUGGGUUUUGAGAACAUGCUUAUUCAAAGGACUCAUUAUGAGUUGAAGAAGGAGUUGGCUUUGCACAAAAACCUGGAGUAUGUUUGGCGGCAAAGUUGGGAUGCUGAGGAAACCACUGAUAUAUUUGUCCACAUGAUGCCUUUUUACUCCUAUGAUAUUCCUCAUACUUGUGGGCCAGAACCAGCAGUUUGUUGUCAAUUCGAUUUCGCUCGAAUGCAUGCUUUUGUCUAUGAGCAAUGCCCUUGGAGAGAAAAUCCUGUUGAGACCAAGCCAGAAAAUGUGAGGGAUAGAGCACUUAAACUACUAGACCAGUAUAAAAAGAAAUCAACACUGUACCGGACAAAUACACUUCUUGUGCCACUUGGAGAUGAUUUUAGAUAUGUCACUAUUGAUGAAGCAGAAGCUCAGUUUAGGAAUUAUCAGUUGAUAUUUGAUUAUAUCAACUCUGAUCCCAGUUUGAAUGCUGAAGCAAAGUUUGGAACCUUGGAGGAUUAUUUCCGAACCCUGCGUGAAGAGACUGACAGAAUAAAUUAUUCACGUCCUGGUGAGGCUGGAUCUAGUCAGAUAGGAGGCUUUCCAUCGUUAUCAGGUGACUUCUUUACCUAUGCUGAUAGGCAGCAAGAUUACUGGAGUGGGUACUAUGUUUCCAGACCCUUCUUCAAGGCUGUUGAUCGUGUGCUGGAACAAACACUUCGUUCGGCAGAAAUGAUGAUGGCCUUUUUGUUAGGGAAUUGCCAGAGAGCAUUGUGCGAGAAGUUCCCCACUGCAUUCUCCUAUAAGUUGACUGCUGCGAGGAGGAACUUGGCUCUAUUUCAACAUCAUGAUGGGGUGACUGGUACUGCCAAGGAUCAUGUUGUCCAAGACUAUGGUAUCCGAAUGCAUACAUCGUUAGAGGACCUGCAUAUUUUUAUGUCGAAAGCUAUUGAGGUGCUUCUAGGAAUCCGUCAAGAGAGAAAUGACCAAUUCCCAUCUCUGUUUGAACCAGCAACAGUGAGAUCUAAGUAUGAUGCCCAACCAGUUCACAAAGCACUUGGUGCGCGUGAAGGAACCGUGCAGUCGGUGGUUCUUUUUAAUUCGCUAGAGCAAACAAGCAAUGAGAUCGUGAUGGUGACAGUUGAGCGGCCAGAUGUAACUGUGUUGGACUCAAACUGGACCUGUGUUAAAAGUCAAAUUUCUCCUGAAUUGCAACAUGACAGUAGCAAUAUGUUCACAGGGAGGCAUAGGGUUCAUUGGAAAGCUUCAAUUCCUGCAAUGGGGCUGCAGACAUAUUAUAUUGCUAAUGGGUUUGUUGGUUGUGAGAAGGCCAUACCUGCUAGACUAAAAGUUCAUGGAUCUGACCAUUUACCUUGCCUUGCUCCAUACACUUGCUCUAAAGUAGAAGGCGACACAAUUGAAAUUGGGAAUCAUCGUCAGACUCUCACCUUUGAUGUCAAACUUGGAUUAUUGCAACAGGUGACAUAUAAAGAUGGUACCAAGAGUGUUAUAGGUGAAGAGAUUAGCAUGUAUUCCAGUUCUGGAAGUGGAGCCUACUUAUUCAAACCCAAUGGUGAUGCAAAACCUAUUAUUCAAGUUAAUGGACAUAUGGCUGUCAUUGAAGGCCCGUUUAUGCAGGAAGUUUACUCUUAUCCUAAAACAGAAUGGGAGAAGGCCCCUAUUUCUCAUAGCACUCGAAUAUAUAACGGUGAUGAUACUAUACAACAGUUCUUUAUUGAGAAGGAAUAUCAUGUUGAACUUGUCGAAUAUCAGUUUAAUGACAAAGAACUGAUAGUUAGAUACAACACAGAUAUUGAUAACCAGGGGAUUUUCUAUACUGAUUUAAAUGGCUUUCAGAUGAGUAGAAGAGAAACCUAUGAUAAGAUACCUUUGCAGGGAAAUUAUUACCCGAUGCCUGCUCUUGCGUUUAUGCAGGGUUCUAAAGGUCAGCGUUUUUCUGUUCAUACACGUCAGUCAUUGGGUGUGGCUAGUCUUAAAAAUGGGUGGUUGGAGAUUAUGCUUGACCGUCGAUUGACAAGAGAUGAUGGGCGUGGUCUUGGGCAAGGAGUGUUGGAUAACCAUCCGAUGAAUGUUGUGUUCCACAUUCUUCUUGAAUCAAACAUUUCCACCUCAAAUCCUACUUCAGACCCUCAUCCUUUAAAUCCAUCUCUUCUCUCUCACCGUGUUGGUUCCCACUUGAAUUACCCAUUAAAUGCAUUUAUUGCCAAGAAACCACAGGAAGUCUCUGUGCAGCCGCCGCCAAGAUUUUUUUCUCCUUUGACAGCCUCUUUGCCAUGUGACUUGCAUAUUGUAAGCUUUAAGGUUCCUCAGCCAAUAAAAUAUUCUCAGCAGCUUUUUGAAGACCCAAGAUUUGCUAUAAUUUUUCAAAGACAACAAUGGGAUACUUCAUAUUGCCGAACAGCCAGGUCAGAUUGUGUAAGUGUCGCUGAUGAACCUGUAAAUCUGUUUAACAUGUUCAAGGGGCUUGUUGUCCUAAAUGCAAAAGCGACAUCCUUAAAUCUUUUGCAUGAAGAUACAGAGAUGCUUGGGUACGGUGAACAAUCAGAAGAUAUUGCUCAAGACGGGCAUGUUCUUAUUGCCCCGAUGGAGUUACAGGCUUACAAAUUAGAUUUACGACCCAAUCAAUGACUACAAAGCGUCGGGUGUCUGUUAUUUUAGCCCCAAUGACUUGGUUUUGCAUUGUCCAAAUUAGAGGAGAAUCGACAUAUAUUGCAACAGUGUGUAGUUGUGUUUGCCAGAUGCCGAGUAAGGUAUUGACGUGUUCCAUUUAAGUUGAAGGGGCACACUGUGGGUGCAAAACCCUCCACAAUCUCACUUGAGGAAAUUUUGUUGCUGUUUUGAACCUAGAAAGAUGGGAAGGCCAUUUAUGUUUAAAGCUCCUCUUUUAUACAGUUCUCUGGUGUACGCCUUCCCUCAAUGGUAAAAUCUAUACUAGUAGAAAACAUAAUUGGUUGACAAAUCCUUCAGAUCACAAUAUACCAAUGUAUUGUUAACAUUUAGAUAAAUAAUGUCUAGUGGUCAAUAGGAUACUUUUUUCCCUCCAUGGAGGAUGUAUUACCACAUGUGAGUUGCAACUGAAAUAGCUGUAUGAAGUUCUUGUCAAUCUUUUAACGGGAUUCAGGAAAUGUCAAUCCUGGUGAGAUUACAUUCUGGAAAUGAUUUAGUUUUAGCUUGCAAUUAAAUUGUUAGUCCUGAGGUCGAGAUUCAGUUCCCUCUC